AUGUCUACCCAGGCCGCAGUCGAAGCCCUCCUCGAGGAGACGGCCCGCGAGGUCGAGAUGAAGGACGCCGAGCGCACCGCCAGCAGCGAGGCGCGCGACACCGACAGCCGCCGCGACGACCGCCAUUCAGACCGCCGAGACCGUCGCGAUAGGAGCCGAGACCGUGGGGACCGUCAUCGUGAGUCCAAUGGAGACCGGCGACGAAGCCGCGACAGAGACCACCGCCGAAGAGACGGAAGCCGUCCUCGUUCAAGCAAAGGUGCUGACACAGAUGAAGACCGUGAUAGGCCCCGCCGCAGCAGCUCGCGCGACCGCCGUGGAGGUCGUGGAGGCCGUGACCGUGGAGGCGACUUCUAUAGCGGUGGAGGUCGUCCGCGUUCCCGCUCCCCUCGCGACCGUGGCAACGAUAGGUACCGCGAUAGGUCGCGCGACCGCCGUCCCCGCAACGGUGGUGAUGAGCGCCGCAACAGCCGUCGCAAUGCCACCCCGCCCGAGCCCGAGGUCACCGAAGACGACCGCGACAAGCGCACCAUCUUCGUCCAGCAGAUCUCUCAGCGCGCUGAGACCCGCCACUUGCGCACCUUCUUCGAGAGGGUUGGCCCUGUUGUCGAAGCUCAGAUCGUCAAGGACCGAGUCACUGGCCGGUCCAAGGGCGUCGGCUACGUUGAGUUCAAGGAUGAAGCGUCUGUUCCCCAAGCACUGGAGCUGACUGGCCAGAAACUGAAGGGUGUUCCCAUCAUUGCCCAGCUUACUGAAGCAGAGAAGAACCGUGCUGCUCGUCCCUCUGAGGGUGGUGCUGCCCCCGGUGCCAACGGCGCCCCUUUCCACCGUCUCUACGUUGGCAACAUACACUUCAGUGUCACCGAGAAGGAUCUCCAGGAGAUCUUCGAGCCUUUCGGUGAGCUUGAGCAGGUCAUCCUCCAGCGCGAUGAGAUGAAUCCUGGCCGAUCCAAGGGAUAUGGUUUCGUUCAAUUCGUUGAUCCUUCGCACGCUAAGAAUGCUCUCGCAGAGAUGAACGGUUUCGAGCUCGCUGGCCGCCAGAUUCGCGUCGGUCUCGGCAAUGACAAAUUUACCCCAGAAUCGACCGCCAACCUCCUACGUACUUUCACUCAACAAGCACAAUCCUACCAGGGCUCUGCUUUCAGUGGUGCCGGUGGCCGAGGCGCCUAUGCUGGUGGUUCCGGUGGUGUCUUCGACCGUACCCACAGCAAGGACGACCGCGGUGUCAGCGGAGCCUCUGCGCUUGAUGACACUGAUGUCGCAGGAGUUAACUACAAGACUUAUGACCGCAGCAGACUCAUGGAUGCUCUCGCUCGCCGCGACGUCCCCGACUCCAAGCAGGGCAGUCAGUCUGCCAUGCCUACACCUACCACUCGCAAGCCUGCUGCCCCCGCCCCCGCCACUCCCAUGGCUUCCAAAUGCGUUAAGAUCGAGAACGUCUUCGAUGCUGACGAGGAACAACGCAACUGGGGCGACAAUUGGGUCAAGGACCUUGAAGUCGAGAUCAAGGCUGAGUGCGACAAGAAGUACGGCAAGGUCGUUCAUAUUGCUGUUGAUGCCAACAGCGAAGGAGACGUCUUUGUUAAGUUUGACUCCGUCUCUGGUGGUGAGAAGGCUCUCCAAGGUCUUAAUGGUCGCACGUUCAACAGCCGCACCAUCCGCGCCUCGUACGUUGUCGAUAAGAUCUAUAACUCCCUUUGGGGUGCUGCUGCAAGCAGGUUCUAA